AUGAUGAAGUUAACUGACAUGAUAACAAAGGACCGAUACAGCGCAUUCAUGAGAAUUGUCCGUGAAUGGCGCCACAUCCGGCUUUUGAAGCGAUCCGGCCGCGGACAUGAGCCAUCCGGUGUGUCUGGCACCAUCGAAGGGGAAUGUGCCGUUCUGUGCCCCGCAUGUCCACACCCGGGCAAGAAUCUCCCUGCCAACUGGGAAAAAGCAGGUGAUACAUCACGAUGGGUUUACUCGCUAUUCCUGGCAAUUGACGCUAAUUUCCGUCUCAAACGCCUCUCUGCUUCGAACGACACCCGCGACCCCAGUCUGAACCGUGGAUCAGCCUAUUUUGUGGAAGAAGUACAGUACAAAGACUUCCUCUCGAAGCACCGAACAAAGAAGCCACAGGAGGACAGCACAUGCAACAAUUAUGACGCUGUGAAAUCAGCAAGUAUCAGAGGUGGCAAGGGGACGACAGCAAGUGGUGUUGGAACGAUCGAGUGUAGUAGGCACGAUAUGAAGCGUCCCGUCUCCGUGGGAGACUUACAGCUGGGGGAACAAUAUGUCAACAUGGACUAUCUUUACUUUUCAAGCGUUAAGAACCACGCACCAACAAGUCUAGUAGUCUCCUAUGACAUUGCUUGUCAAUGGUCAUGCAAACUCAUACUUCGGUCACAAUCAUACCCUAUGAAUCUUAUUACUCCACGUGUCAAUGACCUUCAUGCCACAUAUCUUGUCCCAAAAUUCCACCUCUAUGCGCAUCAAACUGACUGCCAAAUUAACUACUCCUUUAAUCUCACCCCUGGAGUCGGACGAACUGAUGGCGAAGCACCUGAACGUGGCUGGGCCGCAAUGAAUCCCGUGGCAAGUAGCACAAAGGAAAUGGGGCCCGGAUCGCGGCGCGACACUUUGGACGACCACUUCAGAGACUACAACUGGCGAAAGAUUGUCGCAUUACAUAUAUCACUUCUCAACAAGGUACAAGAAGCUGUUGAAAUGCGCUCAGAACAUGUCAGCAACUUUCUCACUCUAAGCAAAUCCCUCCCCGAUGCUGUCGUCCAGCAAUUCACCACUAUUAUACAUCAAUGGGAAGCCGGAACCAGCCAGGACAAUCCAUAUCAAGCAAUGGCGGAAGUCACUUCUGCCGCAAAGAUUAGGCUUCAACUUGCCGAAGAGGAUGCAACGACACUUUCGCAAGGCGAUUCCCUUCUACAACAUGACAGCAUCAGUGGUAGUGUUCUGAUAGCGCAAGCUCUGGACCUUCAGGAUCAGAUGGCACGCCUAAAGCUUGAUGCCAACGCCCUGGGAACCCACUCGACUGAUAUUCAACGAACACGUAUUCAAGAACGCCGGAACCGUAUGAAGCGCCUAAUCACCGCGUGGCAAACAGUACAGGAGGCAUAUGUUCCUGGUGUUGGAGCUUACAGGUGCAGGACUGAGACGAUGAGGGACGGUGAUCUUACCGAAACACAUCCCGAAGACAUCAGAUUACUACUCCCAUCAGACCUUUCACCUCACUUCCGUGUCGACUCUACUCUAUCCGAAUACGAAUGGCGGUUACGAAAUGGUGUCGCGCACGACUGCCUCGCUGAACUACGACGUCUCCUGCUUAUUCUCAGCUCCAUGUACAAGUCCAAAGAUCGACUUGUCCAUGGCCAAGUUCAGAAUACUCGAAGUGUCACCCUCAUUAAGAAUGUGCAAGCUCGAAUUGACUUUACCGCCAGGAAAUACCGUAUGAAUCGCCAAUCGCUUGUCACCCUAGCUACAUUACUCAGUAAGCACGGGUGGGAGACGACAUUACAGGUUCUAAAUGACGAAGACAUUCACAGCCUGCGACAAGGGGACGAUGCCAGCGAAUCGGAGGGCCGACGAACACUCUCCUGGAUAUGGAUGACAGGACGAACCAGUGAUGCUGAGAUGUCGGAGACGAUGAGCGAGGGUAGGUGGUCAUUAUUCCAGGGGGGGGGAAAUACUAAAAAUGAUUCAGCAAUCCGCAUCGAAUGGUGUAAGUCGCGCGCACGCGCUCACAGAUGGCAGGAGGAAUGCAUUCUCCUACAAGAAGAGAUGCGUCGAGUAACGGCUUUCCAUGAAUGGCAGGCAGGGAUAUGGGAAGCAAGAGCAAUCACUGCUGCCACAGAAGGAGCACGGGCAUACGCCUGGAGGCAGAUGGAUUCAAGAGUCAAGUUACGGAAGACAUGUGUGGAUGCCUGGAAGAGCUUACCGGCGUACCUUAGCAUGGGGGAGGGAGUGGUAGCUAUGGGCGGACAAUUAACAGAGGCCCCCCUAAGUACUAGUUUACCCCCCUAA